AUGGCUACUCAAGCUGACAUAGAUGCUCUGUCCGACAAACUCAGCACAACUGAGCCUUUGUCAUGGAUUAUCGCAGACUGUCCAGUUGUUGCCCUUUUCGACAAUAAUCCGACCGACAAUCUGCAAUCUCUAGGCCAACCGCUAGAUCGAAAUGGCUGUGGUGACUUGCUCAGACUCUGGGUCGGUAUCAAUGAGAAGACCCAUGAGCUGCUUGUGACUUUGACCAUCCGUAUCCGAGUAUCGCCAGUCAGAAAGAAGACACGUCGUCAAGGCCGACUCAUGUUCAUGGUCGUCCCGUCCAACGCUUUACAGCUGCGAACUGCUGUUAUUGGCUACAACGAUCUGGGCAACAAGCUAUCACAACACCUCUUCGAUAUACCCACCGAUACUCAGUCCGCAAAGUCUAAGCUCUUGCACUUGUCUUUCGAAAUUGGCACUUACACGAGUGAUGUUAUAAUGCCCGCCUUCCAGUGCAGGUCCAAUGUUAUGCCGCAAGCAAUGUCCUUGCUUCGCAAACUCAAGUCGCUGUCUGAGACCUCCUCGUUCCAGCUCUAUACCAACCUAGAUGAUUCGAGACAGAAAGCUGCCCAGCAUGUAUCCAACAUACUACUGGAAGGACACCCCAUGAUCACCCCUUCGAUUGACACCAGGGGCUUUUAUCCUGGAGGCCGCUCAGCAUGCAAAAACAUGUGGGCAGACCAGGGAUGGCUGGAAGCUGAAAACGAGGAUGUUCCAGGCACAGACCGUGACGUUGAGAAAAAUCAGAAAGAAUUACAUAUUCCAUUCGAUCCACAACCUCCUCCACCAUAUGAGCCAAACAGCGUGCCAAAUCAUGUGCCCGGGUCUCCGGAUGGACGUGAAGUAUCAUCGUCGCCACGAACCAUUGUAACCGUAUCUGAGCCGGGACUGCCAGCGACAGCGCCUCCGAGCGACAGCAAACAGGCCCGAUCUGCCUCACAUCACCACUCUCAACAGCUUCGCGUGGACAAGUUUAGAUCUGCACCGAGUGCAAUAGCCCAAACAUUUGCCUGCGGGCGCGAUCUUUCGCCCUCGACGCCUAGGACAGCACUCUCUUCUGAUUACACUGCCACGUUCUUGUCUGGAUUUCCAGAUCAAUCACCUUUGCCUCGGAUUCGAGACAGCGCGGAAGCUCAGAGUAGAGCAGAUGCAGCAGAAGUUUCUUGUCCACCUGUACGAGUGGCCGCCUCGUCUGUAGAUGAGAGUGUUCCAAACAACGACAAUGCAUCCACCCGCCCCAAUACGCCAAAUGCUAUCCUCGACCGGGUUCCGGACUCGGUGAAUCGAAAACGGCAUGCCUCGUACUUGCUGGAAGCAGGUACUAGCGAGAUGGUGAAGCGAUUGGCUCUUUCCCGUCAAAGUCAUCGAUCGCCCCUCAUGAACGAUCUUCAAGCAGGAUUCUCAUCAACCAUUCCCGACUCGGUAUCUUACCACAACGGAGAAACAGCUCAUUCGGCAAUGGAAAACAACAUUCCAGCUGACCAAAGUGAUCAACUCUCGCAAUGGCUCAAUCACGCUUGGCGUUAUUGUCCUACUGCUCAUUAUUUGUUUGUCACGGAAUUGCUCAGAUACGGCAGUGUCUUGUCCAGCAACCGUUCUCAAGACGAUAUCGCAACCUGUCAUGUCAACUGUACACUCGCUUUAGUUGCCCAUUGCACAAAUCGUAUGCUGGCAGAAGAUUCCAACCACGUUAGCGCUAACUGCGAAGUGGAUGCUGAAACAAGAGCUCUGGUCAGGUGGCUAUAUGUGCUUCGACCUGGUGCCGACAUGGAACUGUUUCCUUCUCUGCUUCGGUUGUCGACGUUGAGCCAGCAGUCACUUCGUGUCUCUCACACCAAUGAAGAGCACGACGCUCUUACGGCUAGCUCUAAGCGGCAGCAGGCGAAAAUCGUGAGUCAAGCAUGUAUGGAGUACGGUGCCGAGCUAUUGCAAAGAAACCCAAGCAAUCUCGUCUCAAUGAUGUUAAGAGAAGAGGAAAGAGUUUAA